AUGUGUAGAUGGUCCCUGAUUGCAGCACAACUGCCAGGUAGAACAGACAAUGAGAUAAAAAACUACUGGAACUCGCACUUAAGUAGAAAAUUCUAUAGCUUUAGGAGAGCAGGAAGUGAGAAGACUAUGGAGAAUUUGGAGAUGGACUUGGCAAAGGCGGCAGAGCAAACAAAACGUAGACGUGGAAAAGUAAGUAGAUCAGCCAUGAAGAAGAAUAAGACCACUGGCUAUAAACACUACUCCUCCAAUAAUAACCAUGCUCCUGAAUUUCCCCACUUACAGACACACCACACACACAAUGAUACUAUUCCUAGUCUCUGUACUGAUCCAGUUAAUAACAAUGUUGCUGCAUCUGCGGUACAAAUCUCAUCCACCCCGCCAAUAUUGAUGGAUAAAGAGGAUAUUGAUACCUCGAGCUUCUUGUGUAUGGCGGGAGAGUAUUUUAGCUUGGACGACAUAAUGCCAGUAUUGGAGGAAGAGAUGGAUCCUACAGGGACAAUUUUGAGCACUUCGUUAAACGGGAGCCUAGAAAACAGUGUGAAAGAGUUUGGGUUGCAAGUAGUGCAAUCCCAACAUGAUUUGGCAAAAAGCGGUAAUAGCAGCGUUGAUAUUUACAGUGGGUUGAUACCCAAUGAUCAUCAUCAAUUUGGUGGGGAGAACAACGAAAGCACCGCAACAUCAUCAUCAUUUCCAGUUGAACAUCAUUGUAGCUUGGCCCAAAAUAUUAGUGAUUGGGAUGACUGGCAGUACUAUUGGGACGACAGUGGAAACAACCUCUGCAACAUCCAGAAUCUAAUGCCGCAACAGAAUGAGGAUGAUGUAAUGUUGUCAUCGCCGUGGCCCUGGGACGACACUUUUUAUGACAUUAUGCAUGGUAAUGCUGGUGAAUAA